CAAAUAUCUCUCUCUAUACACUACCUCUUCACCUCGCCUCGCCUCACCUCACCUCACCUCAUAAUUGCAAUCUUAAUUUUUUUAUUACGAGUAGACCGCCUCUCUCUCUUCCUCCUCUCUCUCCUCCUCCUACCAUACCUAUCUUUAGCUGAGGCAGCCUCCACCGUUGACUCCGAUGAGUCCGCAUCCUCCGACGAUCUCCUGAUCCGUCAAGUCGUAUCGGACGGCGACGAUCAUCUCCUCAACGCCGAUCACCACUUCUCUCUCUUCAAGACCAAGUACGGCAAGUCCUAUGCUACGCAGGAGGAGCACGAUUACAGGCUUGGGGUCUUCAAGUCUAACCUCCGCCGAGCCAAGCGCCACCAGAUUCUCGACCCCUCCGCCGUGCACGGCGUCACAAAGUUCUCCGACCUUACUCCGGCGGAGUUCCGGCAUAAAUUUCUAGGUCUGAAGCGGCCUCUCAAGCUCCCGUCCGACGCUCAGAAAGCCCCAAUCCUCCCCACUAACAAUCUCCCUACCGAUUUCGAUUGGCGUGAUCACGGUGCCGUCACUGCCGUGAAAGAUCAAGGAUCGUGUGGGUCGUGCUGGUCUUUUAGCGCAACUGGAGCGUUGGAAGGAGCUCAUUUUCUUGCUUCUGGAGAGCUUGUGAGCCUCAGUGAACAACAGCUUGUGGAUUGUGACCAUGAGUGCGAUCCAGAGGAUCGUCGUUCAUGCGAUUCAGGGUGCAAUGGUGGACUGAUGACCACGGCCUUUGAGUACACACUCAAGGUUGGCGGACUUGAAAGAGAGUCAGACUAUCCUUACACUGGGAAAGAUCGUGGCACCUGCAAAUUUGACAAGAGCAAGAUUGCUGCAUCGGUUUCUAACUUCAGUGUUGUUUCCGUUGAUGAAGACCAAGUAGCUGCGAAUCUUGUCAAGAACGGCCCCCUUGCGGUGGGAAUCAAUGCAGUUUAUAUGCAGACUUACAUAGGGGGAGUUUCAUGCCCGUACAUAUGCGGAAAGCAUUUGGAUCACGGAGUGCUUUUGGUAGGGUAUGGAUCUGCUGGUUAUGCCACCAUCCGGUUCAAGGAGAAGCCUUACUGGAUCAUAAAGAAUUCAUGGGGAGGAAAUUGGGGAGAAAACGGUUAUUACCAUCUCUGCAGAGGUCCCAAGGCUCAUAACCUAUGUGGUGUCGAUUCCAUGGUCUCAACUGUUGCUGCUGUCCAUAUCACUAAGUAGAUUCUGGUUUAGGUUUCUGUAUUAUUGAAGUCCUAUUUUAGUUUGUUGAACUUGGCUUAUAUGUAACUAUGCAAUGACGGUAUCGCAAACCAACCAUUCUGAUUGAUGCCUGUUAGUUUUCAAAGGCACGUAUGAACAUGACUGGAUUGGAUAUGUAAUAUACUCCUAAUGGCUUUUAUUAUGGUAAUUCCAAGUUCAUUUCGUGAUUGUUGUC